UCGAGUUUCUAUUUCGCUUCGGACAGAUUUCGAUGUUGGCCACCGAUGCAGUUUUAGCUAGUUCUCGUGUUUACCAACAGUGAUGUUUCGCUUCGGGAUUUUUUUUGUCUUUCAAACUGCUUUGUUCUUAAUUUGCGAUAAGGCAGAGGCAUCAGCCAACUCUACGCACUCUAUGGCACUUUAUUCCACGGGUACAGUACUGGCAACCAUGACCGCUUCAACAGUUGCCUCAACUGGCAUAACACCGUCUUCAACAUUUUCCGCAACCACAACGUCUGCGCCACCUGUGACCAACUCAACCACAUCACAACCAACUGUGACUUACCCUACUGCGACCACAGCACCACCAACUACGACCACAGCACCACCAACUGCGACCACAGCACAACCACCAUCUGGGGGAGAACAAGAAGCAGUGGUGUUGUAUAUAUCGGACAUGACAGAAGCUAAGUUCGAAAAAAGAAGAGUUAAUUUUACUGCCGCUGUGAAGAAAAUUGUGGGAAGCUACUGCUCCAGUACACCGCAAAAAUGUGACGAAUCAAGUCCAGAGAGUUAUCAAGUUUACAUAGUCCCUGGAUACCCGAUGGAGGACCCAUACAGUCCUGGAGAGCUUCUAGUGGGGUUUUUUAUCUCAGUAGGAGACGGCAAAUUUUUAUCGAAGAAUGUGUUGUAUACCAUCGUCAAACAGUCUGAGAAUAAAGAAACCCUCAAUACCGCAUUAGGAUAUCAAAUCACUGGUGUGGCACGGCUGCAUCUUGACUUCAUGAAGCCAACAGAAUUUGAUGGGACAUCGGGCAAGACAAAGCUAUUAUAUUUUUAUUUUGCUGCAUUUUGUGGUGCUGUACUCUUAGCGGGGUUGUGUGUAGGCGUCACAUGCUGGUAUGGCCUUAAAAAAGAGAAAGACGAUGAAGUUCGUCCUUUGACCACAAGUAACAUGCAACUCGUCGACAAAUGAUGAGGGCCGUAAAAGACGCCAUCCCGCCAUAGUGUUGAGGAAAUCAUUAUAGGUGCAGAAGUUAACUGUGUCACCAAUGAUUCUGAUGUACAUUUGUAAAUAAACUUCCCACGCUUUUUUGUAUCUGUAAAUAACUCGCUUUAAAUGGCAGUUUUCUUAAAAUGAAACUUUUUUACAGAUAAAUAGGAAGCAAUAACUAAUUUAGUCGAGUGCCACUGACCAUACGAUAUUUUGAGAAAUCUUUUGCGCUGUGCAAAACUUAUAAAAGUAUAGAAAAACGCCAAAGAGGCAGUGAUAAACUAAGAAGGCGCAAGGAUGGCUUAGGGAUGUAGGCUUCAUUUUUCAAGACCUCACAGGUCAUGUCUCCGCCUCUUAAAGUCAAUGUUUCUUACCUUCCAUGUGAAAUUUGCAACUCGGUAAGUUAGAUGAAGAUUGCUCUGAAAACGUAUUGGUACAAUUUUCCUUACUUUCAUAAUUUUAUAGUCGACAUGUUGGCAAAAUUAUCGUUUCCUUGCGGAAAUGUUCAAUUGACCAAAAGUCUUUUGAACUCUC